CUGUCUUAUACAUCCAUCGUGGCCUUAAACAUCAUUAGCCGAGCGACAGGGUAUAAAACCCUCAGAACAGCCAUCCGUUUCCCCGCUCGCAGCGUCUCAACUCCCCGAAUCUCUCUCAGAAUGGCUUCAAGCGGAGCAUCGUCGCCCAAGAAGUCCGAGAAAGAAUGGCAAGCCAUCCUUUCUCCUGCACAGUUCCGCAUCUUGCGCGAGAAGGGUACCGAACGGCCCGGUACGGGCGAGUACGACAAGCACUACGAACCUGGUGUCUAUCAGUGCGCGGGAUGUGGCACGCCCCUUUACAAGAGCACGACGAAGUUCAAGAGCGGGUGUGGCUGGCCCGCGUUCUUCGACGCUAUCCCGGGUGCUGUGAACAGGCAUGUCGACACGUCUAUGGGAAUGAAGCGCAUUGAAAUAACCUGCGCCGCGUGCGACGGUCACCUGGGCCACGUCUUCGAGGGCGAGGGUUUCCCUACUCCCACCGAUGAGCGCCAUUGCGUGAACUCCAUUUCCCUGAGGUUUUCGCCUGGUGACGAGUCUAAGGCAUAGACGGAACCUCCCUUCAAUCAUGAUAGAUAUUGCGUGAACAGGAAUUCAAUGAGAUAGGUCGCUGAUGAAGUCUUGGGAGAUCUCGACGGUUCUGCUAUAAGGUGCUUUAACAAGCUAAUUGGUAGAGAAGAGGCGAUCGAAGGGGGAGAGCGUGAAGAAGCCUCUGAGAGCCUUAAUAUCCCUGCUGAUGGCCAUCCUGUGUAUCAUUGACUGCAUUGAAAUAUGACCGCCAACUGACGCGGAG